GCGGAAGCGCCAAGUCUCCGCCUUCAGCAGCCGGAUGUGCUGUCGUCUCCUUCCGGUUCCUAAUCGGGGAACUUCGGACCAAUUUCCACGAGGGCUUUCUCCGGGUGGUUGGAACUGCUGUUGCUUUUGCGUGUGGACCAUGCUUGUUCUGUCUCUAGUGCUGCUUUUGCUUUCUGGCCUGGCUGCCUCCGUGGAAGUGAGGCGCCCACGAGGUGUUUCUCUAACAAAUCAUCACUUCUAUGAUGAAUCAAAGCAGUUCACUUGCUUGGAUGGCUCUGCAUCAAUAGCCUUUGACAGAGUCAAUGAUGAUUACUGUGAUUGCAAAGAUGGAUCAGAUGAGCCAGGGACCUCUGCCUGCCCAAAUGGCCGUUUCCAUUGCUCCAAUGCUGGCUACCGUCCUCAAUACAUCCCUUCCUCCCAUGUCAAUGAUGGGAUUUGUGACUGCUGCGAUGCAACAGAUGAAUACAACAGCGGCACUAUGUGUGAAAACACCUGCAAAGAGAUGGGCCGAAAGGAGCGUGAGGCACAAAGGCAGAAGGCUGAGGUGGCUAGAGAAGGCUUUGAAAUCAAGAAGGCCCUGAUUGAAGAAGCAAGGAAGAGAAAGGAAGACAAGCAGAAUAAGUUAGCUGAGCUACAGGAGGGCAAAAAGUCUACAGAGGAGCAAGUGGAGACGUUGCGAUCAAUAAAGGAAGCUGCUGAGAAACCCGAAAAAGAAGCCAAAGAUAUGCACCUGAAAGUCUGGGAGGAACAGAAAGCAGCUGAAAGAGCAGCAAAGGAUCUAGCCAAAGCAGAAGAGGCCUUUCAAGAACUGGAUGCUGAUGCUGAUGGAAUGGUAUCUGUCGUUGAGCUCCAGGCGCAUCCUGAGCUAGAUGUGGAUGGCGAUGGAGUACUGUCAGAAACAGAAGCCCAGACCUUGCUGGGCAAUUCCUUGCAGGUGGAUGUGAGCGGUUUCCAGGAUUCUGUGUGGACAGCAAUCAAGGAGAAAUACAAAGCAGAAAGCUUGACUGAGGAACAGCCUCCAUCAAAGGCCCCAGUAGAGGAGGAGUCCGAUAACCCGCAAGAUCUCCCUAUGGAUCAGUUGCCUUCAGAGGACGACUAUGGUGAAGAAGAUGAUGAAGAGGAAGAAGCUGAUGAAGAUAGCAUUGAUGAGAUGAAGGUCCCUCCACCCAAGCCAUCUUCUGAUGUCAAGGCAGUAGAGGAAGAAUUAGAGAAGAUGCCCCCUUAUGAUGAAGCCACCCAAGCUCUAAUUGAUGCUGCUCAGAAAGCCAGGGAACAAUUUGAAGAAGCAGAGAAGUCACUGAAAGAAAUGGAAGAAUCUAUCAGGGGCCUGGAGAAAGAGAUCUCCUUCGAUUUUGGACCUCACGGAGAGUAUUCUUACCUCUAUGGCCAGUGCUAUGAACUCACCACUAAUGAAUAUGUUUAUCGCCUGUGUCCCUUUAACAGAGUGUCCCAGAAACCCAAGCAUGGCGGCUCGGAGACCAGCCUUGGCACAUGGGGUUCAUGGAUUGGUCCAGAAGAUAACAAAUUCAGCAUCAUGAAAUACGAGCAUGGGACGGGCUGCUGGCAGGGACCCAACCGAUCCACCACAGUGAAACUUUCAUGUGGCAAGGAGACAGUAGUCACAUCCACAACAGAGCCAAGCCGCUGUGAAUAUUUGAUGGAGUUUGUCACCCCAGCAGCCUGCCAUGAGCCAAAAGAUCUCAAUCACGAUGAACUCUGAGAGCAGAUGUGUACAGGCUGUUGCCAGUGGAGCCAAGCUAAUAACUGCAGGAUUCGGCACACAUUUUGUCCCAUGGCCCACCCGCUCAGGCUUCCCACAUGGGUCGUGGCAUUCCUUUUCCACUGUUAGUGCUGCUCUGCUCCAUUGGACUUUGGAGCUUUGAAAUACUUGCAUUUUUCUGGCCAAGUACUGGGACAUUACCUCUCCCCUUCCCCCUUUCACCCACCCGCCCGUUUCUUCAACUUUAGGGUGCCACCUGCCCUGCUCAUACACACCACCGAGGAUUGCCCAGCUGCCUUUAUCUUUCUAUGGGAAGGUUUUCCCCCACUCUUUACUGUUGCUUCUUUGUCCGUGGAAGAGCAGUUACUUUUCAGCCCUGCUGGAGAGACGACUCCGGCUGCUUGCCCGAGGCCUUUUCUUCUCCUGCCUGGCCUUUUGUUCCUGGCCAGAUUUCCACUCAUUCACAGACUUUCCAGAGAUGAAGGGGAAGAAUAUGGAGGGAAGAGCCUGGGCCUGGCUUGCCUGCUGCACUGGUGCCCACCGCCUGUUUUUGUCUUGUUUUUAUCUGCUGUCCAGGGGCAAACUUUUAUUGAAAAAAAAAACACAACAUUCCCUACCAAUAAAAAAAGUCCCUCUCUUCUAUUGUCUGUGUCUCAGUGACAUCUAGGGUGAUAAUAAGGGGUGGUAGAUUUGAUCAAAGCAAAG